GCGUCUUAAAACAACUCGCAAUCCGCUCUUUCGUAAAAAUCCUACCUCUCGUGCUAAUGGGAACGGUCAUACUAGCCGUCAAUGCCGGCUCCUCGUCGGUGAAGAUCUCGGUAUACACCGCCGACCAGGGACAAUCGCCGAAACAAAUCGCAGAGGCCCAAGUGGGCGGUCUCACAGCACCUCCUGCGACUCUCAAGUAUGAACUUGGCGGCGAAACCGUUAUCGACCACCGCGAGGUGAGCGAGGAGGUGAAGGGCCAGAGAGAUGCCUUCAGCCUCAUCCUCGACACCCUCGUCAAGGAUCACGGGCUGCCCAGGAUCAAGAGCAAGGACGACAUCGGAAUCAUCUGCCACCGCAUCGUCCACGGCGGCGACUACACCAAGCCACAGCUCAUCUCGGAGAGCACGUAUCACCACUUGGAGAAGCUCAACGACCUGGCACCCCUGCACAACGCCAACAGCCUGGGCAUCGUCCGGCUGUGCGUCAAGGAAUUCCCCUCGUCGCGCAACGUCGCCUGCUUCGACAGCCAGUUCCAUUCCACCAUCCCCCAGCACAUCCGCACCUACGCCAUCAACCAGGAAAUCGCUCGCAACAACCGCCUGCGCAAAUACGGCUUCCACGGCAUCAGCUACUCCUUCAUCACCCGGGCAACGGCCGAGUUCUUGGGCAAGAAGCCGGACGAGACCAACAUCAUCGCCAUGCACCUCGGUUCUGGCGCUAGCGUGUGCGCCAUCAAGGGCGGCAAGAGCUGGGAUACCAGCAUGGGCUUGACCCCUUUGUCCGGCCUGCCAGGAGCGACGAGAAGCGGCAGCGUAGAUCCCAGUCUUGUUUUCCACUACGCAAGCGACGUAGGCCGGCUCUCCCCGAACUCGACAAAAGAACUGCACAUCUCGCGCGCCGAGGAGAUCCUCAACAAGGAAGCCGGCUGGAAGGCGCUAACGGGAACCACCAACUUCGGCGUCAUCGCGGCCGUGGGUCCUUCGGAGGACGAGGACGGCAACGGCGCCGACAACAACAACAACAACAACGACGACGACGACGACGAGGAGAAGAAGAGCAACGACGCCGCCAAGCGCCUGGCCUUCGACCUCUUCGUCGACCGCAUCUGCGGCUUCGUCGGCGCCUACUACGUCUCUCUGCGCGGGCAGGUCGACGCCCUCGUCUUUGCCGGCGGCAUCGGCGAGAAGAGCGACCGGCUGCGGGCGGCCGUGGUCGACCAGGCCGGCUGUCUCGGGUUCGUCAUCGACCGGGAACGGAACGACGCCCGCAGGCUUGCGGACGGCACCGCCGUCGUCCAGGAGGUCGGGAAGGAAGGGGUGACGCCGAGGGUGCUGGUCUGUCGGACGGAUGAGCAGUUUGAGAUGGCGAGGGCAUGUGCUCAGGAUCCCGCAUUCUGGUGAGAAGAGAGCCAGGGAUGAAAAGAGAAUAUAGGAGAGGGCGGGGGGGGGAAGGGGGAAAGGCCGGGGAGGGGAGAGCGUGGUUGAAUCUCAGGGGCGCCCGGGACUAAUUGGAGGCUUGUAAUCACCCUGUCGUAUUGCUCUACUGCGGCGAACGUUUCCCGAGACUGGAAGGCGGUCAAAUAGACGGAUAUUCCGUUUAGUAGUGAAAGCGCGAGAAAUCCCUGUGGACAAUUCCAUCUCGUCAGACUCAUCCAGUUGGGGGAUCCAG